AUGACUGGCAAAGGUGCCAUGAUGCUGCCAUUGGCUGGGCGAAUCGAUUUCCUAAACGGGUCAAGGGUGAACUUUGCUGACGCGGUCAUUUCGACCCCUCACACCCCCUUCGUCAGAAUUAAUCGAGACCAAAAGCCAGAAGCAUGCCGAACACCGGUCAAUAUAGCCGGAACUGUUAUUCUUGUCGACAGCGACGCAUCAAGUGUGAUCUUGCUCAUCCGUCCUGUGGCCAAUGUCUACGAGGAGGAAAAUCCUGUUCAGGCUAUCGGGAUGAGUAUCGGCUACUAUGACCCACCGAAGGUCAAAGUGGACUCUACCAAAGACGGCAGCAUACCAUCUAUCCAGAUGAUAUACGAGCCUUCCCAGGUGUGGAACCACCAUGUGAUUCCUUUGGUCCUCGAUAAGUUCUCAGUUAGCAUUGUGGAUACUAGCAUAGACAGCAUCAUGUUUGCUACCAUUCCACGUAUCAUAUCCUGCACGCCAGAAGGGUCCCCAGUCUAUGCAGUUUGUGAUGCUAUUGCAUGUGCAUAUUUAGCUAGUACGACCGGGUCAGCAGCUGCCAUUGCCCACAGAACCCAGGCGUAUGGGGCGGCACUCAGGAUAGUCAAUGCAGCUCUCGAUGAUCCAGCUCAAUGCAAGAAUGACAGCACAUUGUUGGCGAUUUGGAUGUUUGUGGUUUAUGAGUUCCUAUCGAAUCCUCAUCUCACAUCUGUUGCUGGGUCAGAGGAAGGGGAGCGCCACUGCCGAGGCUUGGCUGCUUUGAUUAACCUCCGAAACUCGGAGCAGUUCUCUAGACAGGAUGGACGGAAUCUCGUCUGCAAGCCAAAGCACUAA